UAUAAUUUCGAUGUCUAAACAUCGUGGGUUUUUUCAUCCAAUCUCAAUACAGCUGUUAUUGAGGGGGCUCAAUAAUUAAUCCAAGAUUCCCAAAAUUCGUUUUGAGUACAUUGUUUAAAAGCCUGAGAUCCGGUGUAUUCAAAAUGGAGAAUAAAAAAGUGGUAUCCAUUCCCGUUGUGGAUUUUUGUGUCAUGGGCCUUCAUAAUGAUGAAGUCGCAAGUGAUUCAGAUGAGAGAGUACAAGAAAUAGCUUCUCAAGUUUGUGAAGCAUUCAAGGAUAUUGGAUUUGUGUAUCUAAAGAACCACGGCAUUCCUGAAGACGAGGUAAACAGAGUAAGGCAAAUAGCAGAUGAGUUCUUUUUGCUACCAGUCGAAGAAAAACAAAAAUAUGCCAGAGCAGUUCAUGGGUCGAAUCAUGGUUGGACGGCGCUGGAGAGAGAAAGAACUAACCCAGCAAGACCAGCUGACCUCAAGGAAGCGUUCAACAUCGAAAUGAACAAAAAGAAAUGGCCAACAACUACUAUCCCAAGCAUGAAACCCUCUUUUGAAGAGCUGUUUCAAAAAUGUGCGCAACUUUCGUUUAGAAUUUUGAAGACAAUUGGAAUUGGUCUUAAAAUGCAGAAUCCUGAAUUUUUGGUGAAAGCCCAUGAAAACAUUGGAAAUUCAGCAAACCCAACAGCAAUGCGUGUCCUCUUCUACCCGCCAAUACCCAACGAUUACGUCGUCAAGAAGGACCAAGUACGAUGUGGUGAACACAGUGACUAUGGUUCGAUAACACUACUCUUUCAGGACGAACUUGGCGGACUACAGGUACUUCCGGUCCAUGGUGACUACAUAUCGGCUCCAACACUACCCGGGUGUGUAAUCGUUAACAUUGGCGACCUUAUGCAACGAUGGACUGCUGACCAGUUUAUAGCUACGAAACACCGUGUUUUGAUCCCUGACGACGAGUCUAUUCGCAUUCUGCCGCGAAGUUCCAUGGCGUUUUUCGCUUUUCCAGACGGCGAUACGGUAGUUGAGUGUCUCGACGGCUCUAACAAGUACCCGGCUGUUACUGGACAAGAUUACCUGGAGCAGAAAUUCAGUGAUACUUACAAGUACUGACGUCACUGUAGUUCAACCCUGAUCCAUAUAAUUCCCGGAGAGUCUUUUUUCCCUAAUGAAUUUCUCGCUGGCAAACAGUUCAGUGACUUCCAGCUGGUUGGGACAUAAGAACAGAUAUAUUUCUCCCAGGAACCCCUCGGCUCCUCCUACCUUGUGUAUAACACAGGAAUCCCAACUUUUAAAAUAUUGUCCUUGUAAGGGAGACUACAAAUCUGCUUCUUCGUCUUGAUUAUUAUUAUUUUCUUUAAUUUUGAAAUAUGAAUAAAGUGUUAAAAAA